GUCCACUUCGCGGAGAGGAAGAGAACGAGGUUGGACCUGAGUUGGACGCUUGGAACGCUUGGAACGGGACGGGACCUGCGGAUGCAGACGACGACGUCGCGCGGAGGGAAACGGAAGACACGAAGCGCUGCCUGGUGAUGCGGGAGAGACUUUGCCACAAUAUGGAAACUCGCAACGGCCGUGGACUUCAGAAGUGAACUGAGUGAACUUUCAUAAAGUGAACACUUUAUUUUAUUAUGAAACCAGAGGCACUCUUCGAGAAUACCCGCCCUGAUCUAAAAGGGACUUUGUUUGCUUUGUUCACCUGAGCUUCAGUCACCUGGUGUGGAAUGCUUAAAACUUUUUUUUUAACCCAUAUAUUAUUUGUGAAACAAGUCAUAACAUCUAUGGGUCGCCCUAUAUUUAGGAUAAUAAUCUCAUUACUGGUGGAAUUACUAACAACAAGGAAUCUGACGGUUCUUUGAACAUUGUUUGAUUGAAGCAGUUUUAUUUAUGCCAGUGAGCCAAGUCAAGUCGAACCGAGCCACAAAACAUCUCUCUUCGUGCAGCCAUCGCAACAUCUGCGGUUUGCGAUUACGAUGUGCGUGUUUAUGUCAAAUUUAAUAUUUAGACGCCGGCCGCAUUAUAUUUUCAAUCGUGCCUGUGCCUUUCGAGACAUCUUGAAGAGCUUCCCAACUUCCUUACGUCCAUCGGAACGUUAACCGGGGCAGAGCGAGCGACAGAAAAAACAAGUUACAAGCCGGGCACAUCGUCAGUCUCGGGGGCUUCUCGGAAGAAGCGAGCCAACGAAACAAAGAUGGCUGUGCCGCCUUCGAUCCUGAAGAAGAGGGGCAGCAAUGCCACGAGCCACGCGGAGUCGGCUAAGGUCGGAUUUCGACUUCCCUCGGCCGACGAGGUGGACGUGGAAAAGGCACUCUUAGAGGGGUCCAAGUGCAGCUCAAUGGACGGCUCGUACAGGAACCUGCUCAGCGUCCUCAAGUCGGAAGACACCGACGAUGCAGCCCUGGCGAGGCUUCUGCGAAGGAUCAAGAACCAUGCGCAGCUCAUCGAGAGGCACAGCGACCAGGUGGCAGAAACCUUGCUCAAACUGAAGGUGCUGCGCAGGGGUGCAGACGUGAUGGAGAUGUUUGCCAAGCUCGUCUGCGACCUCGUCUGCCUGCACCCGUUCUUCUUGCACCACGUCAUCACGGCAGUCCUCGGCAUCUUCAUGUCCCCAGACGCAGUGUCGGACGAGAUACCGGCGUCGCAACGUCGGGAGCGGUUCGACCAGCUUCACGGCAUCUUCCGCGAGAUCUUCCGCCUUGUGCCAACGGCCCCCUUGAGUCUGGUGUCGGUGGCGGCAGACACGUUCCCCUACCUGAAUCGGGCCGGCGUGCAGCAGGCAUGCCUCGUCAGGCAGCUGCUCGUCGUGGCAUCGUACAUCCCGGACCAGCGCCCGGAGCUCCUGCAGCUCCUCGCCUACAAGGCCCUCCAGAUAGACUUGCACUGCCCCAAGGACGACAUCCAAGAGGCAGAGGAGGAGGACGACGAAGAGGACGACAUGGAGACGGACGUCUUUGCCAUGGACCAGGACGCCAAGUCGAAGCCGAAUGUAGAGCGCUGUCCGGACGAGAUGAAGCACAAGCUUGCCGACACCUUGGACCGGGUGCUGGAGCAGUUUUAUCUCUACAUCAGAGAGCAGUGCUGCGUAAACGACAAGGAGUCCUCGUCAAUAGACUGGGACAAGACCAAGGUGGUCUUCAAAGACUUCCUGACGGUCUUCGACAAGAUUGUGCUACCCACCCACAAGUGCUGCCACCUUCAGUUCCUGCUCUUUUACCUGUGCAGCCUCAGGCCUGCUCUAGCAGACGCGUUCCUUGACUACCUGUGGAAGAAAGUGCAGAAUCCGAGCACCGCAACUGUCAUCCGGCAAGCGUCCGCUUUCUACAUUGGAAGCUUCCUCGCAAGAGCCAAAUUUGUGCCUCUCAGCACCGUGCGCGACUGCCUGUCGCUGGUGUGCCGCUGGGCGCAUGCCUACCUGUCCUCCCUGGAGGAGGGCAGCGCUCUGCUUCACCCGGACGUGGCGAGGCACGGCACUUUCUACGCCGUCUGCCAGACGGCCCUCUACGUCUUCGCCUUCCACCACCGCAGUCUCGCCCAUGGGGACAAGGGUCUGCAGUUCCUGCGGGACCUGAACCUGGAGGCCCUGGUGAUGUGUCCGCUGAACCCCCUGAAGGUGUGCCUGCCUGCCGUGGUGCAGCGCUUUGCCUCAGUGGCCCGCCACUACCAGCUGGUCUACUGCUACAGCGUCAUAGAGCGCAACCAGCGGAGCGCUUUGCCGGUGGAGGCCGGCAUCAUGCUCUACGGGGAGUCCCGCGGCGACGACGUCGCGCUUGACGCCUUCUUCCCAUUCGAUCCCUACCUCCUCAAGAGGACUGGCAAGUGGAUCAACCCGUUGUACAGACCGUUUGAAACUGCUCCCGAUGGGCCCGUCUUGGACGAGGACAAUGAGGAUGAGCCGGAGGAGGCGAUGUGCAAGUCUCCCAAGUCUCCAAGCAGCGUUACUGACAUGUUCAGCUACGGCACAUCUCCAGGCUUCAAGCUGAGCCUGUCCCUCAACCAUCGGUGAUGCCCCAGGAGGAUGAGAGAGAGGUCCUAUUUAUAUCGUUCAAGCAGUAAAGAUGUGGCAAACGCGGGAUUUUA